GCGGUGUGCAAUCGUCGGAGGGAGGGGCAGGGCGAGGUGCCCCUCGCCGUGUCCAAGGCGCUGGCGUCUGCUUCCUCUGGUCCCUAGCCCGCCCCCGCCCCAGUUGGUGGCCUCCCCGGGAGGGACGGGAGGGCAGGGCCGGGGCUAGGGAGUUAGGAGAGUGCGCGGGCUGGCCGCAAAUCGAGGCCGCAUCGCGCCCUUCCCCACCACUGGAUUCCUUCUCCCACCCUCUUGCUUUUAGAUCUUUCCAGAGCAUCGUCCCGAGUUCCGGCCCAGGGAGUUCCUGGCUUUUCUAAAGUGCUUUUGGGAACGGGUCUGUUACCUGAGAAACUUUCCGCUUUGCCUGCCGCCCUCGGCGUUCUCCCGCGGGGCACACCGUUUCGGCAGCCUUUAGCGGAAAUUCGCCCUGCUGACCCUACUCGCAAGCACAGCUUCAGAGCAACUCUGGCUGUUGCUUCAUGAAAAUGUCACCCUCGCGGGGCGCCUUUUUCACGGAUGUGGAAGUUGAGGCAUCAGUGAGGUUAAUUAUCGGUUUAUCCGGCAUCUGCUGAGACUUGAGAACAGCCCACACUCCCAGUCCGCUGUUUAGUGAGCUGUUUUCACCAACCCAUGUUUCAUUUCUGAUUCCUGAAUGUGGGAUACUGUCAAAAGAACUGAAAAACCUGGUCAUGGAAACUGGACCCUAUUACUUUGUGAAGAAUUUACCUCUCCAUGAGUUAAUUACUCAUGAGUUCAUCAAUACUUUUGUAAAGAAAGGCUCAUGCUGUGCGCUGACAUACAAUACAAAUAUUGAUGAAGACAACACUGCUGCCCUGCUGCCCAACGGGAAAUUAAUUUUAUCACUGGAUAAAGACACUUAUGAAGAAACUGGACUUCAGGGUCAUCCAUCUCGGUAUUCUGGCAGAAAAAUCAUGAAAUUUGUUGUUUCCAUUGAUUUGAUGGAUUUAUCCUGUAACCUGGAUUCUAAGAAGUAUAAACGAAUAUCUUGGUCCUUCAAAGAAAAGAAGCCUUUGAAAUUUGAUUUUCUUUUGGCUUGGCAUCAUACAGGUGCAGAAGAAUCAGCGAUGAUGUCAUACUUUUCCAGUUACCGAAUUCAAGAGCAUCAGCCAAAAAUAGCCGUGAGCACGAUGACAGAUCUGCAGUGCCCAGUGCUGCAGAGCAGUGAGCUCGGGGGCAAGCCCGAGGUGGCCUGCGGGGCUUGGGAGCUCCUUGAUUGGCUGGGCGCCGUCUUCAGUGACGUCGAGCUAAAUAAUGAGCCUAAUAACUUCAUAUCAACCUAUUGCUGUCCUCAGCCAAGCACAGUGGUGGCAAAAGCCUAUUUGUGUACAAUCACUGGUUUCAUACUUCCGGAGAAGAUAUGUCUCCUGUUGGAACAGCUGUGUCGCUACUUCGAUGAGCCAAAGUUAGCUCCUUGGGUUACGUUGUCGGUUCAAGGCUUUGCAGACAGCCCUGUUUCCUGGAGAGAAAAGGAACAUGGUUUUCGAAAAGGAGGAGAACAUUUAUACAACUUUGUGAUUUUUAAUAAUCAGGACUAUUGGCUUCAGAUGGCUGUGGGGGCAAAUGAUGACUGUCCACCAUAAAAAAAUACAGACUUUAAAAUCGUG